GAGCGUCUCUUGCUGUCCAUCCUGCCCAAGCACAUAGCAGACGAGAUGUUACAGGACAUGAAGAAGAAAGAAGCAAGUCAGACUGGACAGAAGGAGAUGCAGCAGUUCAACACCAUGUACAUGUAUCGCCACGAAAAUGUCAGUAUUUUGUUUGCAGACAUUGUGGGAUUCACUCAGCUGUCAUCGUCAUGCAGUGCCCAUGAGCUGGUCAAGCUCCUCAAUGAACUGUUUGCCCGCUUUGACAAGCUGGCUGCCAAAUACCACCAGUUGAGAAUAAAGAUCCUGGGCGACUGUUACUACUGCAUCUGUGGCCUGCCAGACUACAGAGAGGACCACGCUGCCUGCUCCAUCAUGAUGGGCCUGGCCAUGGUGGAGGCCAUUUCGUAUGUUCGUGAGAAGACCGGGACAGAUGUGGACAUGCGUGUGGGGGUGCACACUGGCACUGUCCUGGGGGGCGUCCUGGGACAGAAGCGGUGGCAGUAUGACGUCUGGUCCACUGACGUCACCGUGGCCAAUAAGAUGGAGGCGGGAGGAAUACCAGGGCGUGUGCACAUCUCCCAGGCCACCAUGGAGUGUCUGCACGGGGAGUUUGAUAUGGAGCCGGGGAACGGGGGCGACCGCUGUGAGUACCUGAAGGAGAGGGGCAUCGACUCCUACCUGGUGGUGGUGCCCAAGGGCCCCCUGGGAAAGAACGGCAUCAACGGGGUGAAGUUGUCUGUGAUGUCGUCCAAUGGGAACUCUCCAUUGUUGAUCAACACCACUGAGUGUAAUGGGAGUGUCCACACAGCCUGCACGCCACCAGACGAGCCAGAGGAGCUGGACACACGGGUGGUGAACCCUUCGUUCCCCAACCCUCGGCGGAGGCUAAGACUGCGGGACCUGGCUGAGAGGGUGAUUGAUGCCCAAGAGAACGAACAGGAGCUCAACAAACUGCUCAAUGAGGCACUGCUGGAGAGAGAAACCGUACAAGCUCUGAAGGGGAAACGCACCAACUGUCUGUCCCUGCGCUUUGUGGACCCUGAGCUGGAGACCCGCUACUCUGUAGAAAAGGAGAAGCAGAGCGGGGCUGCCUUCAGCUGCUCCUGUGUAGUGCUCCUGUUCACUGCAGCCAUGGAGGUCCUCAUAGACCCACGGAUGAUAGCAAAUUACGUGACCCUAGCUGUGGGAGAGGUCCUGCUGCUCGUCCUCACCGUCUGCUCUCUGGCGGCCAUCUUCCCUCGAGUUUUCCCUAAGAGGCUGGUGUCUUUCUCCACAUGGAUCGACCACACCCGCUGGGCACGGAACACGUGGGCCAUGGCAGCAAUCUUCAUCCUCACCAUGGCCGACAUUGUGGACAUGCUAAGCUGUCCCCGUCCCUCGGGAAAUGCCACAAUGGCCCCUCCCUCCUCUGUUGUCCAAUCCGGAGCCGAGGGCUGUCUGGACAACCCCAAGUACUACAGCUACAUCGCCGUGCUGGCACUCAUGGCGACCACCAUGCUGGUGCAGGUCAGCCACAUGGUCAAGGUCACACUCAUGCUCCUCAUCACCAUAGCAACGGGCAUCGUCAACAUCUACAGCUGGAGGGACAUAUUUGACCGCUACGAUAUGGCCCGCUUCCAGGACUACAGGUCUUACCUGGUUCCCUCUAAAUAUGCCAUGACCGUGAUGAUCUUCAUCAUGAUGAUCAGCUUCUACUACUUUUCUCGACAUGUGGAGAAGCUAGCCCGAACUCUGUUCUUGUGGAAGAUUGAGGUCCAUGAGCAGAAGGAGAAGGUGUAUGAGAUGAGGCGCUGGAACGAGGCGCUGGUCACUAACAUGCUGCCAGAGCACGUAGCACGCCACUUCCUGGGCUCUAAGAAAAGGGACGAGGUGAGACAGCGUCAGUAAUGUAGAUGCGGUGCAAAAAUAUUGAACAUCAGAAAGGGGGCAAAUACGUUUCCAUGGCACUUUACACACCGAACCCAGGGCUCUAAAUUAAAAGGAAUUAUUGGUAGCACUGAAAAUAUUUGUUUAAUUGAUUGAGAUACUGUAUAUUGGGCCUAUAUGUUUUCUAGCUACUUCUGAAGCACAUAUUGUGUCCUUGAAACUAAUAUGUAACCCUGUAAAUGCAUUUAGGAGCAUAUGAGACCAACAC